CACCAUUACGUUCUAGUGAAAGUGCUGAUCAUGACAUGUCCUCUAAAGGGAAAAAGACACGUGGCGUUACAAAAGGGAUAGGAACUCAUGAUAUUGUCACUGCUGCUAAUGAGAGGAUUCUGAUUCAGAUGAACGAGGAUCAAAAGCUCCCAAAUGGUGUCCAAGCUAAUUCCAGGUUUGUUUCAGAAAUUGGGUCUCGAACACGUUCUUUAGCCCCACUUCAUGUCAAAAAAUGGAAGGAGGUUACACUGGAAGAUAAAGAUGAAAUCACAAAGGGGUUGUUGGGACAUAAGUGAUUGGGAGUGGCUGUGUGAUAAUUUGUACACGGAUCAAGCUUAUCAGAACCGUUGUAGGAUCAAUACUAUUAAUAGGAACAAGAAAAUAUAUAAUCACUGUGGUGGUUCACGCCCUUUCACAAAACAUAUGGAAGCUGAAGAACAGAAGGGUAAAAACGUGACCUUUAUUGAGAACUGGAGUCUCAUGCAUCAACAUAGAGGCAACAAUGGUGGUGUUUGGAUCAAUGAAGAAGCAGAGAAGACGGGGAAAAAGCUGACUGGAGAGUUCAUCAAAACCAAGCAACAGUUGGCUGAUUCUGAGGGUGCCCCAUUUGAGGAUGUUAUAGUGCCUAUCCCUGUGCAAUUAGAUAUCUUGGCUAAAGAGCUUGGGACUAUGAAGGGUAAGACGAUUCGAGGUGUGGGUUAUGGUCUUAAAAAGGACACAUUUUGUCCUUCAGUCACUGGAUCCACUUCUAACCCAACAAAUGCUCAACUUAUGAGGUAUAUUGUUUUAUUGGAAGAGCGACUUGUUUCUCUUGAGGGUGAGAGACAACCUUGUACACAUGAUGUUGAUGAAGAGGGUGUCAAGGAGGGUAAUAUGGAUGAGGAAAAUGAUGAGGAUGUGGAGAAUGAUGAGGAUGAGGAUUUGGAUGUGCUUUAG